ACUGCAGGCGCUGUGAUAGGGUUACACACACAGAGCUGUGGGACAACGUGGAGAAAUUACUGUUUACUUCUGAACAAGGUUUAUGUAGCAGACGUUUCAUGGAGCUUAUCUCGUGAAUGCAAAACCAAGGCGGAACCUUUACCAGCACGGAACUCAUCAUAAAGGCGCGAAUCACUGGUAUUCCCGGGUCUGCGUUUAAGGCCCAAUCAGCGGAUUACUGGAGAUCCUUUAGCCCGCUCUAUAGUGUUGAUCUCCGGCGCGGCUGAACGCAGACUGCCGCUCGGAUCAGGACAGGAACAUGUCUCAUACCGGGCCACCUCCUCGAUGGAGGAAUUGCCCUAGAAGAGGUCAACCCGUGGCUGGUAAAUUUUUGCCCAUGAAGACCAUGCUUGGACCACAGUAUGAUGAUAAAGUCCCAGAGGAGAACAGGUUUCAUCCUAGUAUGCUGUCUAACUAUCUUAAAAGCUUAAAGGUUAAGAUGGGUUUGCUGGUGGACCUAACCAACACAAGUCGCUUUUAUGAUCGGGCAGAGAUAGAAAAAGAAGGAAUCAAAUAUGUGAAGCUCUCCUGCAAAGGUCAUGGUGAGUGCCCAACGGUGGAGACCACACAGAUGUUCAUCAGAUUGUGUGAGCACUUCAAUGAGAAGACACCCAUGGAGCUUAUAGGCGUUCACUGCACGCACGGCUUCAACCGCACAGGCUUUUUAAUAUGUGCCUACCUGGUGGAGAAAAUGGACUGGAGCAUCGAGGCGGCAGUGGCGGCAUUCACUCAAGCUCGGCCCCCGGGCAUCUAUAAAGGAGACUAUCUUAAAGAGCUCUUUCGUCGCUAUGGUGAUGUGGAGGAUAGCCCACCCGCCCCCUCCCUUCCUGAAUGGUGCUUUGAUGAUGACGAAGAGGAGGUGGAUGAUGAUGGGAACAACAUCGCUCCGGGCUCUGAACCCAGCUCCUCUCAUUCCAGUCAGGCCAGAAAGAAGAAAGAACGACUUAAACUGGGCGCUGUGUUUCUCGAGGGGGUGUCUGUCAAAGGAGUCACUCAAGUAACGACGCAGCCCAAGCUCGGCGAGAUACAGCGGAAAUGUCAGGAGUUUUCCGAAUGGGACAGAUCUGGGUUUCCUGGUGCUCAGCCCGUAUCGAUGGACCGUAAGAACAUUCGCCUCUUAGAACAGAACGUCUACAAGGUCAGCUGGAAGGCAGACGGCACACGGUACAUGAUGUUAAUAGAUGGAAAGAAUGAAGUGUAUAUGAUUGACAGAGACAACUCUGUCUUUCACAUAUCCAACCUGGAGUUUCCCUUCCGGAAAGAUCUACGCAUUCACCUUUCUAACACACUUUUGGAUGGGGAGAUGAUUAUAGACAAAGUGAACGGUCACCCCGUCCCACGCUAUCUCAUCUAUGACAUCAUAAAGUUUAGCGGCCAGCCCGUGGGUCAGUGUGAUUUUAACAGACGUCUGCUGUGUAUCGAGAAGGAGAUCAUCUUUCCUCGCUUCGAGAAGAUGAAAAUGGGCCAGAUCGACAAAGCCAAGGAGCCUUUCAGCGUCAGAAAUAAGCCGUUCUUCGACAUUCAUGCUGCACGAAAGCUUCUUGAAGGCAGUUUCACUGCUCAGGUCAGCCAUGAAGUUGAUGGUCUUAUCUUCCAACCUAUAGGGAAAUAUAAGCCGGGCAGAUGUGAUGAUAUCCUGAAGUGGAAGCCGCCCAGCCACAACUCGGUCGACUUCAGACUCAAGAUCACCAAAGUUGGCGGGGAGGGACUGAUCCCUCAGCUGGUGGGCCUUCUGUACGUGGGCAGCUAUGAGAGACCCUUCGCACAAAUGAAGGCGACAAAGGACCUGAAACAGUACGACAAUAAAAUCAUCGAGUGCACGUUUGUUAAUAACAGCUGGAUGUUCAUGAGACAGAGAGUUGACAAAAGCUUCCCCAACUCAUACGAUACAGCCAUGGCCGUGUGCAACAGCAUCCAACAUCCCGUCACAAAGGAAAUCCUCUUUGAAUUUCUGGACCGCAUCGCCCAGGCGCAGUCGCGCAAGCACCCUGCCGACUCUGAGCUCAUGCCUCCGCCGGCAGCAAAGAGACCGAAUCAGACCGUACCAUAGACACACACACACGACAGAAGAGAAGUGCUCUGUAUUUUUUUAUUGCAGAUAUAUUCGGCAGCUCUGGUGGUGGACGCCGCGAGAGAUGUUUUGCUUUUCAGCCUCAUUUGGCUUCUGUUCUCGAUGAUGUCAAUAAGUGAAACUAUUUAAAAAACAUUGUUUGGAGUUUCAACAUUGAAUGUUGGGAUGCGUUCUUAUUUAAGGAAAAUAAAAAUAAAAAAGGAUUUGAACGUAUUUGUUUUCUUUUUUUACAUUCUGUAUUAUCUUGCCGCUAUUUGUUUUUAUGUUCAUACUGAAGUAGACUAAGACCCUCCAAAACUCAACAGUUUCCCAUCACUUUUCUUUAGCAUUGAUCACAGCUGAAAACUGGAAUCCACUGAGUGUACAGAUAACACAUAAACUGAUGUCCUGUGACUACUUUUGUAUUUUAUUUUUAUUUGAAUGUUUGAUAAAAUGUUGCCCCAGCAGUUUUGUUCAGGUUUGUUUCUUGUAAAUCAGCAGGUGUAUUUAUGCUUGCUUUGAAGGAAGAAAUCUUACUAAGUUAAAAAUCGUCGGCUAUGUCAGUAGCAUAACAGGCGUGUUGAUAUAUACUUACAUUGGGUAAUAUAUCACAUGAAUUUAAAUAUGAUUCAUCACAUUCUGUCUAUAACACUUCUUAUAGGUGUAAUUGAGUUAUAUGCUAUGGUGCUUUUAAUUAAGUUUACUUUUAAAAUUAUUACAAGCUUUAUGUUAGACAGGCAUAUUGGUAGCCCUCCAAAAUUAAUGACCCGAUAUGUCGUUUGUGCAAGCAGGUUAUUGCGGCGUACAGUUACGUUUUAGGGUUUUUUAUGACCUGUUGUUUUGGAUUUUGUAUGCAUUUAAUGUUCUGCAUUUGUAAAACUUGAAAUGGCUUCAUAAACAUUUAUGGUUUUAAAGAUAUUUUAGAGCACUUUUCUCCAACAUGGUACCCACUGGCACUGGGUUGCCCACACAGAGUUUGUGAGGUGCCCGCCAAAGCACAUUCAUUUAAUAGCCUCAAGUUUAAUAUUUAUUUAUUACAUAUUUUUAUGAAAGCUUGGCUUCUUUUAUGUAUGUUAACAUUUUAAACAAUGAUCAUUAAAUAUUCAAAAAAAAUAAUUGACGACGGGCAGUUUAAUUAUUCAAAUAUAAUGCAUAACCACAUUGUAAUCACCUUGGAUUUUCGAAUAUUUCGGUAGACGUUAUCAGUUAUUCCUUACAUGAAAUGUUUUGAGUAGACCUU